UGAAUUUGUUGUCGCGCAGAUUCGAAUUCCUAAAAUUAUUUACAUCCAUCCUAAAAAGAUAUUCCUAUACGAAUGAAUGUAUGAAUACGUCCAUUCUACUACUUACGCGCGUUGUUAUGAGGAUGCCGUAGGCAAAAAUAAAGAUGAAAGGGACGCGAUACAAAAGAAAACCUUUACUAAAUGGGUCAAUAAGCAUCUUAAAAAGGUGGGCAAAAAAGUGAACCAUAUCUACGAAGACUUAAGAGAUGGGGAAAAUUUAUUGUCUCUUCUGGAAGUACUAUCCAAAUCCAACCUCCCUCGCGAAAAAGGGUGCCUACGAUUUCACAUGUUGCAAAACGUGCAAAUAGCCCUCGAUUGCUUGAAAUGCCGAUCGAUUAAACUGGUUAACAUCAGGAGCGAGGACAUUGUCGACGGAAAUCAGAAAUUGACCCUGGGUCUGAUCUGGACUAUAAUUCUCCAUUUCCAAAUAUCCGACAUAGUCGCAAAUGGUCAAAACCAAGAUGCCGGUUCUGCCAAGGAAGCGCUUCUCAAUUGGGUCCAAUCCACUUUGAUUCCUUAUUCAAGGAUCAGGGUCAAGGAUUUUACCGAAAGUUGGAAAGAUGGCAUGGCCUUCAAUUACAUACUCCACCGAUUCAAGCCAGAUCAGGUUGAUAUAAAAGCUUUGCUAAGACUUGCGCCCAUGGAUAGGCUUAAGCACGCCUUUGACGCUGCUCAAAAAGAUUUUGGGGUUACUAAACUGUUGGAUCCUGAAGAUGUUGAUAUCGAGAAACCGGACGAAAGAUCUAUCAUUACCUACGUGUCCUCCAUAUACGAUGCUAUGCCGGAGACACCGGCUUUUUCCAAUGCACAUUUAGAUAACGAACUGAAGUUGAAGAUAUCUGAUUACGAAAAAAGGGUAUCCUCUUUCGUGCUAUGGCUCAAUAACGCCGAAAACUUUAUGACGAAAUACGAUGUCAGCCUAACACCUGAAUGCGUUCAGGAAGCAAUCAACGGGCUCGAAUGGUUCGUUAAGCGCGAAAGAUCACCACGGGAAUUUGAAAAAUCUGAUUUAUACGCUACAUACGAAGAACUACAAGAAUUCGCUGCGACAUUUUGCGAUAAACACAAGUGGGAGACCAUUUUCUCCAAAGCUACCAAUCCCCUCGACAUCGAAAAAACUUGGGACAACUUGUCCAUUCUCGAAGAGAAAAAACGCCAAAAUUUACGAUAUCUAUUCGAAAAGGCCAAAAAUCCCACCCCUUCACAAAUCGUCAUUUCAAAUCAAUCAUCCCACGAUAGGCAAAUCCGAAUUGAGCUGAAGACGUCCAAAUCAGAAAAUAACAAGGCGAUCGUUGAUUCUUCGAAUGAAAUAUACGCACUUCCCUUUUACAAGGAUUACCAAAAUUUUUUGGGGCAAUUUAGGGAAGCGUUACGUGAUAGAACGAUUUGGUUGGAAAAUUUAAUCAAAAAUCUGGAUAUCGUUGAAUUGGAAGACAUUGUCGUCAACUUCAAUAAAGAAGAUACGCAUUUGUCAAAGCUGCUGACUCAGCUCGAACGCAUCGAAGAGAUCAAAGUCAAAUUAUGUGAUAAAAUGAAUUCUCACACCAACGCUUCAAAGCACCAAGCCAUUAUUCAUCAAGAAUAUUUGGAUCAAAAAAACGUGUAUACCAACCUCGAGUUACGUUACGAUGAAACUCGGCGUAACUUGAACGAUCUUCAAGAUUUCGUUAACCUAUCUAUGACCUUGUUGAGUUGGUUGAACCAGCGCGUCGAAGUGGAGAUUAGGAGGGAUUGGGCCAGCUUGAGGUUCGAUAUGGACGCCACGCAGAGAUACCACAAGCAAUUAUGUGUGGAUAUGAUCGAAAAGAAACUCGAUUUGGACCGCUGCAUCGAUGUCGGUAACGCUCUAUACAAUCUAGGUUAUUCGUCUUCACAAAUUAAAUGCCUCAUCAACUCUUUGCAAACUCAAUGGGUCUGGUUAAAUCAACUUGUGAAUUGUUUUGACGUUCAUUUCGAAACUAAACAAAAGCACAACGAAAUCAACGCCGAGGUCAUUGAAAUCGAGAAGACAAUAUACGAAACGCUUAGGAGCAUAAAAACCUCUUCCUCCCAACAGUAUUUUAAAACAGAGACUCCGUCUCCCAUCAGUUUCGCCGAGACUCAAACUCCACACGUCAAUGGUCAUUCUAAACCAAAUAAUUCCACGAAUUCCGAUUCCAAUUUACUAUCCGCCUCCGAUAAUAUGAUGAUCGGGAACAAUAAUGUAGCAAACAAUUUGAACCGCGAUUUUAGCAGUGAUAGUAGCUUGAACGAUUGCAAAAAUCAUCAAAAUGGUUACGGGCCCAAGAACGGGACCUUCUCAUAUGAUUUGGAAGGGGAUAAUAGGUUGAAACUUAUCAAGUCCUGUGGCGAUGUGUUAGAAGAUUGUCACGAUAAGUUGUUACGCCUGAGACAACAAGCUCAAAUUUUACCCUCCAUAAAUGCCAGGAAAUUCAAAACGAAAGAACCUCGCAAACUCAAAGCUCUUUGUGAUUACAAAUCUACCAAGGAUCAAAUCUUGAACGGUAGCGAAUAUUGGUUAGUGGAUAAUCAAAACAUAACCUUUUGGAAGAUCGUGGGUUGCAUCACUAACAGGGAACACGCGUGCCCUUCUGUUUGUUUUAUAAUUCAGCCUCCCUCCGAAGACUUGCUCAGCUGCAUAGAAAAUUUGCUAUCCAUCCUCAAAAGAUCUUUCGAGAAUUGGAAAAUAUGCUAUGCAAACGUUCAGUAUCAAACCAUCAUGACAAACAUCAUCUCUAUCAAUAGAUGGGACUCAGAGGAUAUACACGAUGAUAUCAAGAAAAGCGUUUUAGUUAAAAUGAAAAAUCUCAUAAAUGAUCUAAUGUCAAAGCAAGAAAAGGGCACCAUUAUGGACGCGAACGACAUUGAAAUCAUGAAAGAAGAAAUUUCGGCUUGCUAUGUGCUAAAUUUGGCAUUAAUUUCCGAAAAUGUUGAUGAAAUAGUGGUCGAUGUGGGGCGAAAGGAGGACGAAAUUUUAUCGCAGAUUACGAAGCUCGAAGUCGUUUUUGACGACUAUCACAGAAAACUGGUUGAGAGACACAACAAGGUCGUCACGCUGAAUCACGAUGAUUUAGAGACUUUGGUCAUCGUACACAAGGAAUAUGAAGAAAAUUUGCAAAAUUUGGAACCCCAAAUCGAGGGACUGAAAAUGAAAAUAGAUUCCCUCUCUAACUUUCAAAAAACUUCCAAGAUCAUGGGAAGUUUGGACGAAUUGCUCAAAUUUUGGGAUUAUUUAUGGAACAAAUCUCACCUUUACGUUGAAAAAUUAAAAUGUAUCGAAAUCAUUUCAAAUAAUGCCGAAGAGGCUUCACACGUGUUGAGCAAAGCCGAAAUAUCUCUCGCUAAUAUGGGGGCCAUGUUCAACCCGAUCUAUAGCUCAUCGACUACCCACCUCAAUUUCUCAAAAGAUACUUUAAUUUUUUCGACGUCCAUUCGUAACGGGUUGAGAGACCUGGAAUCCUUGACUAGCUACGUCGACGCGCAACAAGCUGUCAUGGAUACGCUGGACAACCAUCUCAAAACGCUGACUAACGUUUACAAGGAGAAUAACGAGAUUUUACCUCAAAAUGAAACAAAGUACACUUUGGGUAAUAAACAGGAAGCGGAUCAAGAUGUUACAGAUAUAAAUACGGCAGCUUUAGUCGCGAUUAAAAAGUGCGUCGAUGGAAUAUUAGGGAGAUGGGAGGAGGUCGCAUCCCAAAUCUUUUUGAGAAAACAAACAUUGACUCAAAGUGAGGCUUCCUUAAGCAAAUACGGCACUCUAAUUGAGAGGGAGAUAAAAGUAUUGGAUAAUAUUGAAUACAGGCUCAACGCGGAACAGGAGUCCAACUCGGAUUCACAUAAACGUGAUCUGGAUAUAUUAAAUCGACUCAAUGCGGAAAAACCUUAUCUAGAAGAUCUCAAUGUUGAAGCUUCGCACUUGGCCAAAUUGACGGAAUCAUUCGAUCUCGUUACAUUAGAUUACUUUAGCUUAUUGCAGGAAGUUCACCCUAGCAUUGAAGCCUCCAUCAAUUCCGUCUCGCGCAAAAGAUAUAGAACAUUUACUAAUAUCAAUAUUGAUACCAGUGCCCCUAGCGAUGACAAUAAAGCGAUUUCUUCCAACGGAAAUUCUGCCCAGCCAUCGCGCAAUAUUGUGAAGGAUAAAGAAAGCGAAAAACGUUUAAAUAAUUUAGCCGAAGAAUUGCUCGACCAAACGGAUCAAAUUAAUAAGUCCUACUUGAAAUGCUUGGAUAUAGUCAAGCAAAAGAUACAGGAGAGGAACGAUAGACUCAGAGACGAAAAUUUGAAUUAUUACUUAGAGAAGUGUAAUGAAAUCGAUAAAGCGAUCGAGAGUAUGAAUGCCAUUAAAUCCUCGUUGGAAAAUCAAAAUAAAUUGAAGAGUUUGGAAGAUUUGAAGUUGGAAAUUCAAAAAAGCAAGUUUUUCAAGUCUGACGUGAUGGAAUUAAACAAGAAGAUUGCUGACAUGGAAGCUAAGAUUCAAAAAGAUUACAAUUUAAAAGAGGGCGAUGACCUUAUCAAUUCGACCGACACUCCUUCAUCAUUAUUCGAGCUUCAGGCUAAACUAGAAUCUCUCAAGACAAGGCUAGGUGAUCUACACACUUUUUACGCUAACCAAAUGUUGACCGAUAAUCAAACAGAUCUCUACUCACCCAACCUUUCCAAUCAAGAAGUACAGGCCUUCGAAACCUGGCUCAAUCACAUUAACGCGAAGUUAGAUAAAUCCCCAGAUUUUUCUGAAAUUGCUGAGCUACGAGCUUAUAUAAUCGAUUCGAAACAGUCGAUAGCGAACAAAGAAAUAGAGCUAGGUCAAAAGGGUCCGCUAGGAGCUGCCAUUUUGCAAAGUCAAGAUUGGUUAGCCUUAAAAACAAAGGUUGACGAUAAGUUAUCCGAGCACCAGAUCCGCGCCGCCAGGCUCGAGCAAUACGAAACGAGGAAGGCUUCAGUUUUGAAUUGGAUCAAGGAUAAAAGGGCGGAUGGGAUAGAAUGUGCCGAACCCACGCGAGCUUUGAAAGAAUGCAUAAGCCUUUCUGAGUUAUGCAGCGAUGGGCGAUCAGCGGACGCGUUGGAUAAGAUCGAGAACACCAGAUUAAAAUCUCUGAAGAAUGGCUAUACAGAAUUUCAUCGGAACUACCAGUUGGAAAAUUUUUCAAUCUUCUCCGAGGAACUGAAAGAGCUUUAUCCCGACCUUAGCUCAACAAUCGAAGGGGAAAUCAAGUCAAUCGAAACCGACCUUCAAAAUCUUCAAAAAGGCUACAGCGACAAAAUAAAUGCUCUGGAAACGCUAAUAAAUGACAUGAACGAAUACGAAAUUUUGGCUAAAGAUUCCGAAAAUGUGGUGACGAAAUGCGAAACUAAACUCGAUUGCAUCAUGUCAAAUAUAGAGAGUAACGACGGUGAAACCAACAAUACGGAGGAUUUAACCCCAGAAUUUAAGAAAAUUGAAAAAGAACUUGAUAUCGGCAAUAGACAAAUUCUAAAGGCUGAAAAAAUCUGUGAUGAUAUGGCUGACAAAUGCCUCAGAUGCUUCUUACACGAUAAAUAUGAUCCAACUAUGAAAGACGAGGCAAAAAUAGUUUCUGCAAAUUUUAAAGGGUUAUUGAAAGAUACCAAGCUAAAAUACGAUAUAUCUAGCAAAAAUUUAGUAUCCGGAAUGAGCCUGAUAGCGGAUAUGGACAAAAUUUCUAACAAAAUUAGACAACAUACUAAACAAAUAUCCAAGGAAUUAUCUCAGGUUGAGGAAGAUAUAUUAUCUCCUAGCGAAACCAUAAUGUCUCCAACGAAACUUAGGGAAAUUGACGAAAAAAUUUCCCAACUAAAGAUAUACAAAUCAAAACUUUCUAACAUUAGUGCAUUUAUCGAAGACCUCGAAUCCUUCGUCAAAAAGUCUCCCCUUUCAUCGAACACUAUGCACGAAAAAAAUAUAUCUGAUCUGAGAAACCAUCGAGACAAAUGCUUCGCCUUAGCGGAUAAUCGUCUUAGUCGGGCUCAGAUAUGUGCACGGGUUUUUGAAGAUUUUAACGACCAAUUUCAACGUUUAGAAAUCGAUCUUGAAGACAUAAUUAACGAUAAAAAUGGAACUCUAUCUGAGAUUAACGAGACUUUGUUGAAAAGGAGAAGCUGCCAAAACGACCAAUUACCUCUGAUAAUCAAACAAUACCAGGAUUACAAAUCUCAAACCAUCCUACCUUUGCAAUCCCAUGUGACAGAAUUCUUAUCUAAUUACCGAGACAUUAAGAAUCUCUCACAAUUUCUUGAUUCGAUACCUCCUAAGGAUUUGGAAAUUUUGACGCCCCACGUCGAUGCUUCUCUCACAUCGUUGAUUUGUGAAAAAUUGAAACACGACUUAAACGUGUUAAAAGAUAAAAAUCAUUCACUGGCGGAUAAAAUAAUGUACACUGACGAGCAUAUUCAAGAUGCACUCAAAAACGAUGGUAAGAUGUCGCAGAUCUUGAAUAAAUGUAGAGCUGGUUUACAAAAAUUGAAGGAUAGACUGGAAUCCGAUACUGGAUUCAGGGAAGCAAAUCUUGAUAAGAAAGAGAGGAUAGAGUUUGGAGGUCUACCCACUUGGGACGAUUGCACGGAUUCUAAACUUGAUAACAAAGACGUCCGGCUUAAAUACAGCAACUUGUUAAGAUGUUUGAAUGAUGAGAUGAAGAAUGAUCUAAAAGACAUUCAAGACAUUGAUCAGAACUUAGAUCACCUUAUGCUUGAAUCUGCGGAUGUCAAAGAACUCAAAGAAUCGGCACAUAUAAAUAACAUGGCAGUUUUAAAGUUACGUGAAUUUAAAGAGGAAUGCUUACUAUUCAAGGAGAAAUUAAAAUUCGCCGCUUCCAUUUACCAGAAAGCACUUAAAUUUUGUAACGCCUCAAACCAAGAUUUCGAAAAACUAAACACUUGGUUCGAUAAAACGGAAAUCGCUUUGAUAACCGUCGGGAACUUCAAACCCAAUUAUAUCAAAGAAUUGAUGGAAGAACGACAGAAUACCAUCGUUACUACCGUUAUGCCCACCUUUCUGGAAUCCAAUUAUUCCCUGUUACCCCUUCUUGGCGAUACCGAUUCCCCUUGCGACAAGAACCUUAGAAGUUCGUGCUCCCAUUUCAGGGAACACUGUGAAACUUUGGGCAACGAACUCGAGCAGAAGCACGACAAAGCUCUGCAAGGGCACGAUAACAUGGCCAAAUUAGAAGAGAUUAGUCGAUCUUUGAAUCACUGGCUGAGAACAUCGGUGGAGCCCAAACUUGAGUUAUACGGCUAUCAACUGAGUCCCUUGUUAGAACCUCUGAAGAGUCAGUAUAAUAAAUUAAAGUCUCUCAAAGCGCUUUUCAUCGAAAAACGAGUCAGCUUGAACGAAAUGAAUACGAUUUCAAAAAACUUAGAUAGAUCAGUCAUCGAUAAAACAAUAAUGUUGGAACAUCACGGUGAGUGGGCGAAAAUUGGAGAUAAAUUCGAGCGACUCAAUCAGACUUGCAUUCAUUUGUUGGAUAAAGUUGAGACCGAAAAUUUACCGGCAGCUAAAAAUUUUCAAGAUAACAGGGAAGAACUAAACCGAUAUUUGACUGUAUUGGAGAAGGAACUGGAAUCGGGGGAACUGGCAGCACUUAGCAUCAAUAGCCAAUUGGAAAAGUUGUUGCAACAUGAAAUUGAAUGUCAAGAAAAAGUAUCCCUCGCCGACGAUCUUCGCUCCUACCUAGAAGAGCACACUAAUAAUCAACCCAUUUCAGACGACUCCAAAUCGCGUCUAAAUGAUCCGACAGACUUAAAUUCCUCUCCAAAUCCUGGCGAUUCUCUUCAAACCCCGGUGCCUUAUCUCUGUGAAAUGACUCAAUUAUUGAAAACGCUCGUAGAUCAGGACCUUUCCCGGUUCCGUUCAGCCAAAUCGAAUCUCGAAACCCGCCGAGAAAAACUUUCGUUGAUCACUCGCCAACUUAAGGCGCUCUCCGUCAAUGUCGAAGAAACCAGGGUUUGGAUGCGGGACGCGGCCGCGUAUUUGUCCUUAGUUGACCCUGAGGAGAUCAAUAAUAGCAACGAGUCCUCAAAAAGUGGGAGAUCGAGUGUGAUUAGUGAUCAAAAAGUUGAAACGCAUCGGACAGCCUUGUACAUGUUAGAUCCGGACGCCCUUCUAACGCGUCUCGAGAAUUUGAAACUACUCGAAAGCGAUAUACAAGGACAAAAUGCCAGAAUAAAGAAUUUGAAUGUCGAAAUAAAUCGAACCGUACGGGAAGCUUACCCAUUUAUUUCGAAACAGAUGUCUUCAUUCGCAUCUUCUUCCAAUAAUUCGCUCAAAAAGCCUGACCGCCAAAAUGAAUCUAAAGAGAUGGAAGGGGAGAAUGAUUCAGAACUAGCGAUAGAAAAAAAAGCUAGCAACAAUUUGAUCGACGAGAUUACCGCUAACUACGACAGACUAAAACGUUUAUCGAAUAAGGUGAGUAGGAAAUGCGGACAAAAGAUAAGCUUAUUUCGUCGGCUCCUGCCUUCUCUUCAAAACUUUGUAGCCGAUUAUGAUUCAUUCGUGACUUGGCUAGAUGAAGCCGAAAAUGAGUGCGAGUCCCUAUUACAAGAAGAUGGAGAUACUACGAUAAAGGACUUCGAGGAGAUAAAGAAAUUGAUCAAGACCGCCGACGAUAACGAGUCCCGUUUAGAUAAAAUUACCCAAAAUUCCGACCAAAUUAUAUCCGUUUCCAAAUCUAUUUUCCUUUCCGCCGCUCCUCUCCUCGAUUACUCUUCCGAUUCUGAUUCAGAAAUAGAUAAUAAAACGGCUGAUAUUAAAAAUUUAGAAAUGGAACCCAACCCAGUUCAACAACACCUGACAGAACUUAUGACCGACUUAAAACGGCGUUACCUAGCUGUUAAGGACCAUUUAGGUGCCUUGAAUCUUUCGCCCAACAACGAGAGAAGCGUUUUCGCUUCCCAGUUAAAUCAAUCCUUUCCCGAUUUCACACUACCGGAUAGUGGUGCCUUCGAGAAUCCGAACGCCAUGUCAGUUAGCCAGCGUGAAUACAAUGAAGCUGAUUUAAAUGGGGAUAUAGCUCUCACCUCCAGAAAAUUAGAAGCUUUUUUGAUGGGGAUAGCCGAGACUGCCGAUAGAUUAGCUAGAGCCGAACCCAUUUCUUGCUUCCCUGAUAAAAUCAAAGGCCAAAUAUUGGAUAACUCAAGAUUGGCAGAAGUGUUAGGUCAAAGAGUCGCUUUAUAUUCUAGUGUUAAAGAAAGGGCUGAACAAUUUUUAACGCAAGACUCUUCCUUGAAUGCGGGUGAUACGCCAGAAAUGCAAGAUAAGAGAAAUGAAAUCGAAGAAAAACUGGACAAACUAAAUCAAUUAUGGAAUGCUGUAAUGACUACGAUGGAAACGAGAGGGAAAGCGCUGGAAGACACCCUCGAACUUUCCAACAAAUUUUGGGAGGAAUUAUUCGCUCUUUUUGCAGCGCUGAAAGAAAUCCAAGAAAAUUUGAAGUUUUUAGAAAUUCCGGCCACUAUUCCCGAAACUCUGCAAGAACAACAGGACGAGAUUCAGGCCUUGAAGGACGAGCUCGAAUGCGUGGUUGGCCCGGAGAUUGAACAAUGUAAGCGGACGGGUUCAGACCUAAUGGAACUGAUCGAUCAGGAUUGCCCAGACCGGCCCGAGCUCUCGCGUUCGGUCCACGAACUAGAUUCAGCGUUUUCUACCACGGUGCGAAGCUUGGUGGAUCGGGAAAGAAAUUUGGGAAAAGCCAUGAGCCGGUGUUUUGCGUUUUACGAUGCCUUAAACGAAUUCGCGGGCUUUUUGGACCAGGCUGAAGCUGAUUUGCAAAUAAUCGUAGAUACAAAGCCAAACUCUCCUUCAGCUGAAGACUCUAUAAACGAUACAAAUUUAUCGAGCAAAUCAGAACUAGAAGCCCUUCGACAGGCCGACCACGCCCUCAAGGUGCUCAAAUCUCAGAUAGAUCCAAAGGCCUUAGAUUUUCAACGAUUAAACACCCUGGGUCGAGAUAUGAUUGCAACUCCAUCUUACGAUAAUAAUCAAUAUAAUGAAACGGAUCACUCUCCCGAAGACGAUAAUAAGAUCGCUCAACUAUUGAAUAAAGUCAACAAUAGAUGGGAAAUGUUGUGUCAGAAUGUCUCCGAUCGACAGAUUGCUCUAGAGAAUUCUUUGGUAGAGUUGGGUCACUUAACUGGAGCUGUGACUGAAAUGAAUACGUGGUUGGAACACGCCGAGACCGCUAUACGAGAUUUCCCGGAAAUGCUAGAGAGUUUGGAUGUUAAGGCAUUGGAAAUAUUGAUGGCCAAGCAUAAAGUUCUCCGAACUGAUACUGCUCAUAAGCGUCAAACUUUAGAUUCCUUGAACUCGGCUCUAGCCCUAGCUCAGUCCUCCCGUUUGGCUGCUUCCUUUCCCUCCCUUUCGCUCACUUCACUUAAUUCCCCCUCCACCUUACUAAAUUCCUCCAUUCAAAGCAACAAUCAUUACAUGAUGAAUCAAGAGAUAUCGCGUUUGAACGAAAGAUGGAGACUUUGUCGAGACGAGUUAGAAAGUCAAAACUCCGCGUUAGAAGGCGCUUUAAGAGAUAGGCAGGGCCUAUUGGCUGAAGUUAGAGAUUGUCUGGACUGGCUUGAGAGACUGGAUUCUAGAUACCUAUGUCCCACCAGUAGUUCUAAUUCUUCCAACCUUAAUAACCACGAUCUUACCACUAUUUAUUACGGGCUAGAUGGCGGACCUAAUAAUAGACUAACCUUCGGUGCGAAUGAAAGUGGUAUGGAAUGCAACAAUGUAAUGCGUGAUGUUAGAGACAUGUGCGGAGCGGGCCCUCUAGGAGGUCUACCCCAAACCGUGGGUGAACAGAUCGAUGCUUUCAAAGGAAGGGUGAUAAAAGAACUCGAGAGCGGGGAAUCUCAUUAUAGAUCUCUCUUAUCUCGCGGUGAAACCGUUUUGAAACAAAAAGAAAAAUGUAGCAUAGUAGCAGAAAACACGGAGGCUUUCUCUAAUGGGGCGUCUCUGGAAAAAUAUUUGGAUGCCUUGAAAACCAAGUGGGAUGCCGUACAGGUCCGCGUUCGAGAUAGAAAGACCAAAUUGGAGGUAGCUCUUAAACAGGCCCAAGAAUUUGAAGAUUAUUUGAAAGAAUGCCACAGUAAUAUGGCAACUUUGGAAUCCCUCUUAGACCGUUAUAGGGAAGAUGGUAUUCCUAAAACUCUGGAUCGAAUUUCAGUCACUUCGACCGAAUUCAAUGAAAAUUACCUCAAACCCGCCGAAACCUACAAAACGCAAGAUAUGAUAAAGCUCGACAAACUCGGUACUCGCCUCAUGUAUUUUUGCCUCAAACAAGAUUGCGUGGUCAUCAAGAAUUGUCUAAUCAAUGCUAGACAUCGUUGGGAUAAAGUCCAUUCUUCCGGCAUCGAACUUAAACGAAAAUUGGAGAGGGGAAAGAAAGACGCGACCGAUUUUUAUUCUUGUCACGGGAAGGUCGAAGAAGGAUUGAAGGGAUUGGAAGGUAGGAUAAAUGGUAUAUUUUCUGGUAAUUCGCUUGACGUGGAACAAAAGAAUGAGGAGAACGAGGCUACGACUCACUACGACAAAACCAAGACUAUGUUGGGGCAGUUGAAAGUUCUCAGAACUGAAUUAUCAACUUUGCAACCAGAUUACGAAUUGGUGUUACGUAAAGGCAAGGAUCUUGUCGAAGACUGCAAUGAUCAGACAUCACCACCUUCAUUAAAAUGCGAUUAUAAUGUGAUCCAAUCCAUGAUAACGAAUCUCAAACAAUCUUGGAUCGCAAUUAGUGAACGAUCCGCUCAUCACCAACGUUCUUUAGAAGCCGAUCUAAUCCUGAGAGGUGAGAUAAGAGCCGUUUGCGCCGAACUCAAGGAAUGGUCCCUUCGGGAGACCGCUAGGCUUGAAAGCGAAAUUGGUUGUCUAUAUGGAGAUUGUGAAACGGUUAAUGGACUGAUGGAAAAUCACAGGCUCUUUUUAAACGAAUCCGAGGCUCGUAGCGCAAACGUUGACGCUCUCCGCGCCUCGAUUGCCUCUUCAAAUUCUUCCUCCGAAAAUUCUUCUAAAAAUUUGCUCGAAACGCAAAAUCUAAACGAACUAACAAACCUUUGGCAAACUCUCAAUUCCCGCGCCUCCGAUACUACGGCUACCCUCGCGAAAUCCAAAGAGAUGGCCGAGCAAUUCGAAUCUAACGUUCGAUGCCUUGUGGAUUGGAUGGACGGGGAAGGGAGGAAGGAUAUCGAGAAGAUAGCUAACGGAAUCGGGGGAAGCCCCACAGAAACGGGCCACCUUUUGGCCGCCUCUGAUCUGGGACUCAAAAUAUUAACUUCGAAAAGCGAUGCUUGUCAAGCUUAUCGCAAUGAACUUAGUCGACGUGAACCCGUGUACCACAAAAUCCAAGAGCUCAGUCGUCAAAUUUUGAGCUCCGCUAACCCCAAGGCGCACAGGUCUAUCCAAAAUUGGACAUCCCUAGUCGAACAGAUGUGGACCGACCUGAGCUCCAAACGUGAUAUGCUUCAGGAAAGAUUGGCCCAAAUGCUGGAAGAGACCAAAUUCCGGGCUAAAUUACUGGAUGAGUUAUUAAUUUGGUUGACCACGGCUGAGGCUACUCUCACGGCCGCCGAUCAAAGACCACUACCUACCGAUAUAGAGAGCGUCGAAGCUUUUUUAAAAGAACACAAGGAAUUCAUGGAAGAUAUGAACAACAAGCAGCAAGAUAUUCAAAAAUUGACGGUAAAUCAGUCUAUGCUUCCUAUUUUGGCUAAUGAUACCUCGAAAUUCAAACGUUCUAAAUAUGCGCCUUAUAAAAAAUCACAAACAGAUCUGACCACCGAAAAUUCAACCCUAUCCCCCCAUAAACAACAAGCCCAAAAUGGUGCUUCCACCGCAAAUCCCGAAUACAAAAAUAUCAAAAUUCGUAAUCUUUUCCACAAAUGGCGAUGUGUGUGGCUCCUAUCCAUCGAUAGGCAAACCAAGCUUACUGACCACUUGAAUUACCUUAAGGAAGUAGAUCGGUUGAAAGAUUUUCAGUUUGAAGAAUGGAAAAAGAGGUACAUGAAUUGGAUGAACCACAAGAAGAGCAGGAUAAUGGAUUUCUUUCGCCGUAACGACAAGGAUGGAGACGGUCGUAUGACACUAGCCGAAUUUAUAGAUGGAAUAUGUUCCACUAAUUUUCCUACCACCCGACCCGAAAUGGAACGAGUAGCUAAGGUUAUAGAUACAAAUUCUGAUGGUUACAUAGAUUACAAAGAAUACAUGAAGGCUCUUAGACCCUCGUCUACAUCUGGUCAAACGAUCAAUCCAGUGACCGAAGUGGAAAAGGUUAAGGAUGAAGUGAAGAGGCAGGCUAAUCUUUGUGAAUGUGUCAGAAAAUAUAAAGUAGACCAUAUCGGUGAAGGAAAAUACAUAUUUGGUGAUUCUCAAAAGCUACGAUUAGUGCGUAUACUAAGGAGCACCGUGAUGGUUAGAGUAGGAGGUGGCUGGGUCGCUCUGGAAGAAUUUUUGGUUAAAAACGACCCUUGUCGAGCUAAAGGACGAACUAACAUAGAACUGAGAGAACCAUUUAUAUUGGCAUCGGGGGUUAGUCAGGCCAUGGCAUCCUUCAAAGCCAAAUCACCUCACAGUAGUCCCCUUAGUCCCGCCUCUUUCCUAUCUUCACUAGGUUUCAAUACUCCCGGGCCUAUUACUAAAAUCAGAGAAAAGACCCCCAGAUCUACACCUUGGAGAAUUAAUUCCUCUAAUAACAAUUAUGGCUCUAGCGGAAAUAAAACAGCUAGCAGUACCCCUUCUUCCUCUCAAUCCCCAGUUCCACCUCAUCAGCAAUAUCCAGCCUCUAACCAAUUUUUUUCCCCAUCUCCUUUCAGCGGAAUCGCGAAAAAAGGCAUAGGCAGCUCAAAUAACAGCAAAUCCAGUACCAGAUCGAAUUCCCGUGUUUCUUCGCGCCUUCCUAGCCGAGCCCAAUCCCCUGUCAUUUUUUCUAAUCUAAUUGAAAAAAGGGGAGAGGUGGAGCCAGAGAAUUACAUUGAAACUAGCGCUUCUACCAACUCAAAAACUCUUGCUGGGACCACCUUAACCACCGUUACUUUUAAAACAAAAGUUAGUAAAGUUAAGACUAUUGUUGGCUCCGCUAAUUCUUGUAAUGCGACGCCGAAAAAAUUUGUCAAGAAAUGAGAUUUAUUCGAAUUUAUUAAAAAUACGAAUGUCAUGAACCAUCUAAGUUAACCCAAUAUUCAAAACUACUUGAUUGGACCACAAUUUAUAUGUAUUACUUAUAGUUCAAGAAUCCUUUAUUAUAAUAUCUACGGAAAUCCAAUCAUUCUUAUAUAAGCAUAGAUUCGUUAUUGUAAUAUAAUUUUUUUUACCAACAUUUCAUUACAUAUUUUGUAAUUUGCUUUUCAUUAUAUUUAAGAAAUAUAUAUAUAUAUAUUAUUUAACGAUUUAUACAUAACAUUAUUAAAUUAUACAUAUAAAGUAUAUAUUAUUCAAAUUUAUUAUUUUUUUUAUCUUUAUUAUUGCGAAUUUCCCUCCAUUAAGUAUAAUGCUAUAUAUGUUUAUAAAAAAAUAGCUUUUAUAAUAUGUUUAGUUAUAAAUAAAAAUACGACGUAGCAUUAUUUUAUAAAUUGUUAGCAUUCCAAUUUUAUUAUCAUUAUUUUGAUAAGCCUGUUUUAUUAGCUACCCCACUCCAUCCAUAGUAUUUUAUGAAAAAAUCGGUUAUAAUUAAAUCCGUCAUUUACAAUUAUCAAAUUUUCGUGAAAAAAAAACAUGAAUACAA